UGUCACAAAAAAACCUCGGAAUCAAAAUUAUAAGUAAAAGCAUUCCAGAGUGAAAUGAUAGAGGACAGAUUUGCAAAAAAUGCUCCAGUCUUUAGGAGUAUAAUGUGCUUUGUCCCCAAGGGGUUAAAGCAAUUCCUGUGCAUUUCAUGGCUCACAUGCACCGAACAUCUGGCAACUGUUUUUAUUAAACUGUGAAAUACGUCGCUUAAAAAACACACAAAAAAUAUACAAAGUGUGAACUUGGCCUGAGGCCCCGAGGGCAGAGAGUACUGUGGUGCCUCAUAGUCUCUAGGGCCACUGUUCAUUACAAUAUGUUAGGGGCCGCUGUUUUCCGAAUUCCUGCCUCUCACAGGAGCCCCCGCCUCAGGGGACUUUACAUUACGACUUCUCUGCUGGAAGUCACUCAGGGAUUUUGUAUGGAAAUGGAGGUGUUAGGUAAGGACAAUAGCAUAGGCAUCGCAAUGACGCCAUUCCGUGUCCUGACAAUGAGUAACAGUUGAAGGCAACAAUCCUUAUGUGCCAUUCCUCCUGCCUGCAACGUGAGUCACGGCCGCCAUACAGGCCUCAGCGGAGGUGUCCUCGCCAGCCGCCUCACACGGCGACAUCUUAUACGGUACGGCCAUCAUCUUUCUUAUCUCUGGAAUGUAAUGGGCCCUAUCAACCUAUUUAGUAUCGACUGCGUCCUGCAUGGAAGUGGCCGAACUCUGCCCUCCUCCAUAAGCAAACCAAUGCCUGCCACAGAGCCUCCCCUCUGCAGCUGCCUAAUAGUGAGCCACUGCUGGUGAAUGGGGGAAGGCGCCUGCGCGGGAGGAUCCGGCUCCCUUCCUGGCAAAUAGUGAUCCGCUCGGUACUUGUCGCUUGCAUCUUGCAACUACAGGGGACGAGAAAUAAAGAAAAACAGUAAAGACGCGGCGUUUAUUCUCGGGUGCAGCACGGCUUUUUGGGGAUCAUGCAUGUGGAGCUGCUCGCCACGGGCUCCCCUGGGAUACUGUAACCAGACUAGAGGACGCACGGCAAUUCUGCUCUUAUGAGGCAUAUGCGAAAAACAGAAAAUGCUGCUGGAGACUAUCUGGAUUGUGAAGCUGAUGAGUUUUCAGAUGAAACAAAUGCCGAAACCUUCUAUGGCACCUCUCCUCCCAGCACUCCCCGACAGAUGAAACGUAUGUCAACCAAACAUCAGCGGAACUGCACAGGAAAGCCAGUCAAUCGAACUUUAUGUAAAGAAAAGAUGAGCACACCAAAUCAGACACCUCAGAAAGAAACAAGUAAAAAUACUGAAAAUGUAGAGGAUCACAGCUAUCGUCAGGACAAAAAGAACAGAGCAACGCUUAGGACAACAGAAAGAGAUCGCAAGAAAAAUGUGCAAUGUUCCUUUAUGCUGGAUCCAGGCUGUGGAUCCUUGCCAAAAAAAUCCAUACCAGAUGUUGAUCUUAAUAAGCCUUACCUCAGCCUUGGCUGCAGCAAUGCCAAGCUACCUGUGUCUGUGCCUGUUCCUAUUGCCAGGACAACACGACAGACCUCAAGAACAGACUGCCCAGCCGACCGCUUAAAGUUUUUUGAGACUCUCCGUCUUCUGCUUAAGCUUACUUCAGUCUCCAAAAAAAAAGAAAGGGAACAGAGGGGUCAAGAAAACGCUUCUAUGUGGUUUAAUAGAUCGAAUGAACUCUUCUGGCUAGAACUCCAAGCCUGGCAUGCCGGGCGCAGUAUUAAUGACCAAGACUUGUAUCUUUACACCGCUCGACAGGCCAUCCCAGAUAUAGUUAAUGAAAUUCUAACGUUUAAGGUAAACUAUGGAAGACUAUCGUCUGUCAGCAAUGGGGGAGAUUUUAAUGGGACAUUCUCUGAGGGGUCAUGUACUAACUCUCAUGAAGCUGUUGUUGGUCACACAAGCUAUCAUGACCACAUCAACAAACAGAGGGUCUCUUUUGAGCAAGUAAAACAGAUAAUGGAACUCCUAGAGUAUAUUGAGGCACUUUACCCAUCUUUACAAGCUCUCCAGAGAGACUAUGAAAAAUAUGCUGCAAAAGACUUUCAAGCACGAGUGCAGGCACUCUGCUUAUGGCUUAAUAUAACUAAGGACCUGAAUCACAAGCUCAGGAUUAUGGGAACUGUUUUAGGUAUCAAAAAUCUUUCUGACAUUGGCUGGCCAGUGUUUGAAAUAUCUUCACCGCGUCCUUCAAAUGGUACAGAAGAAGGGGGCAAUGAGAGUGAACAAGAAGGGGUUAUGAGCACAGAAAGCUCAGGAACAUGUACAGAAGAAAGUGAAGAUGAAAAAGAGGAGAUGGACAAUAUGUUGGAUGCCGUAGAUGAUUCUGAUAAUAAUUUAACCUGCCAGUUAAAGGAUAAUUUCCAAAAGGAGGACAGCCACCUUCAGAGACUGGACAGAUUUGUGUCGGACGAUGACUCGUGUUGGGUCACUUCAGAGUGCAGCCAUUGUUCUGGCUGUACUAGGGAUUGUUUGACUUCAAUAUACAGACCAUUUGUGGACAAGGCAUUAAAGCAAAUGGGGCUGCGAAAGUUGAUUGUGCGGCUUCAUAAAUUAAUGAAUGGCUCGCUUCAGAGGGCGCGCACAACUUUGAUAAAGACUGACCGAAAAUUAGAGUCUUCAGAAUUUCCAGACCCUGUGUUAAGUUCUGAUUAUUUACCGGACCUGUUUAAGCAAUCUUCUAGUUCCAGUCGGAACAUGGAACCAUCGUGUGACCCUAUCUCAUUGGAAGAAUUGAGUGCCAUGGACUUGCCAUCAUUUGAGCCAGCAUUCCUAGUUCUUUGUCGUGUUCUUUUAAAUGUAAUUCAUGAAUGUCUCAAAUUGAGAUUGGAGCAGAGGCCAGCUGGGGAACCAUCACUUCUGAGCAUUAAACAGUUAGUGAGAGAGUGCAAAGAAGUGCUGAAAGGUGGACUGCUUAUGAAGCAAUAUUAUCAGUUCAUGCUGCGAGAAGUACUAGAUGAUUUUCACAAGUCAGACUGUAAUAUUGAUGCUUUUGAGGAAGACCUGCAUAAAAUGUUAAUGGUGUACUUUGACUACAUGAGAAGCUGGAUCCAGAUGUUGCAACAGUUACCUCAGGCAUCGCAUAGCCUAAAGAACCUUCUGGAGGAAGAAUGGAAUUUCACCAAAGAAAUUACUCCUUACAUAAGGGGAGGAGAAGCUCAGGCUGGAAAACUCUUCUGUGAUAUAGCAGGAAUGCUGCUGAAGUCCACAGGGAAGUUUCUGGACUCUGGCUUGCAGGACAGCUGUGAUGAAUUUUGGGCCAACACUGAUGAUAGCAGUGUGUCUGACGAAAUAAGGAGAUCAGUUAUUGAAACCAGUCGUGCCCUCAAAGAACUCUUUCAUGAAGCUAGGGAAAGAGCAUCCAAAGCCCUUGGUUUUGCUAAAAUGUUAAGAAAGGAUUUGGAGAUUGCUGCUGAGUUUACUUUUUCUACAUCUGCGCAAGACUUGUUAACAUACUUAACAGGCAGGAAUUAUUCAAAGGUGUUAGUUUCCACCCUAGAAAAUCUGCAUAUAUUUGUACCUGAUAAUAUUUCUAGAGAAAGAAUGGUUAUCUUGCAAUUACUAAAUGCUGCGACAGGUGUAGACUGUUCUAAGGAACCUGAAGAUGUGGCUGAUGAUGUGUUCUUGCUCAUGAGCAAGCACUCUAAGGUAGACCAGCAAGAGGAGGAUGUCUGGGCUACCUGGGAGGGACAGACUGUGAAAGUUGUGCCCCCUGUGGAAACUGCUGAUACUCUGAGAAGUAUGCAGGUUGACAAUCUACUGCUUGUGGUGAUGCAGUCUGCACAUUUGUUGCCUAGUAGGAAAAGUUUUCAGCAAUCUGUUGAGGACAUCUUGUCUCUGAAGCUUGAGCAGACAUCCAGCCAUCCAGUGAUUGCAGAAGCUUUACAUCAACUCAAGAGUGAUGCCUUAGACCUCUGCAAUAAAAUCAACAGCGUCAUAGACCGGGUGGAUCAGUUGUACACCUCCGAAUUUGAAGCUGAAGUGGAUGAAUCUGAAUCUUCCACUUUUCAGCAAUAUUAUCGAGAAGCCAUGAUUCAAGGGUACAACUUUGGUUUUGAGUACCACAAAGAAGUUGUCCGUCUCAUGUCUGGAAAAUUCAGACAGAAAAUUGGUGACAAAUACAUCAGCUUUGCAAGAAAGUGGAUGAACUUUGUACUGACAAAAUGUGAAAGUGGUCGAGGCACCAGACCAAGGUGGGCAACGCAAGGAUUUGACUAUCUUCAAGCCAUUGAACCAGCAUUUAUUUCAGGUCUUCCUGAAGAUGAUUUUCUGAGUUUGCAAGCGCUCAUGAAUGAAUGCAUUGGCCAUGUUAUUGGAAAACCCCAUAGUCCUGUCACCGGCUUGUACCUUGGUACACAUCGCAAUAGUCCAAGACCUGUAAAAGUGCCUCGAUGUCACAGUGACCCACCAAAUCCCCAUCUGAACACUCCUGCACCUGAAGGCUUUAGCAAUCGUGUUUUCUCAUCUGAUAAGAAGAACCAAUCCAACACUGCUGCUGGGCACCCCACUCCUCUUUGUAGUGAAUCACUUCUACAAAAAUCAUUCAGCAUUGCGAAUGAUAUCAGGGGUUCAAGUGUCCCAGAAAAUGACCGACUAUCCUCCAUAGCAUCAGAAUUGCAAUUUAGAUCUCUCAGUCGACAUUCAAGCCCAACAGAAGAGAGAGAAGAGCCUACGUAUCCAAAGUUAGAUCAAGGCGGUUCUUCAAGACGGAGUUGGGAGCUUCAGAAUCUAAUUAGUCAGACUCGAGACAUUGCAGCCAGGCACAGACCUAUGGAUGCCAUACAAAAAUCAGUCAUGGUAUUCGAGGAGAAAAGACACAGAGAAAUGAGAAGAAAAAACAUAGUAGGACAAGUUUGUGAUACACCAAAGUCCUAUGAUAACUUUAUGCAUGUUGGGCUGAGAAAAGUGACAUUUAAAUGGCAGAGAGGAAACAAAAUUGGUGAAGGUCAGUAUGGGAAGGUCUACACAUGCAUUAGUGUUGAUACUGGAGAACUCAUGGCUAUGAAAGAAAUCCGCUUUCAGCCAAAUGACCACAAGACAAUAAAAGAAACUGCAGAUGAACUUAAAAUCUUUGAAGGCAUAAAACAUCCUAACCUUGUUCGCUACUUUGGUGUGGAACUUCACAGAGAAGAGAUGUACAUUUUCAUGGAAUAUUGUGAUGAAGGUACUUUGGAGGAAGUCUCCAGGCUUGGUCUUCAGGAGCAUGUCAUACGGCUUUACACCAAGCAGAUCACAAUUGCAAUAAAUGUUCUUCAUGAACAUGGCAUUGUUCAUCGGGAUAUUAAAGGAGCUAAUAUCUUUCUAACAUCUUCUGGCCUGAUAAAAUUGGGAGACUUUGGAUGCUCAGUGAAGCUAAAGAAUAAUGCUCACACCAUGCCUGGGGAAGUGAACAGCACACUGGGAACAGCAGCUUACAUGGCACCAGAAGUUAUCACAAGAGCUAAAGGAGAAGGGCAUGGACGUGCAGCUGACAUCUGGAGUCUGGGCUGUGUCCUAAUUGAAAUGGUCACUGGAAAGAGGCCAUGGCAUGAAUAUGAACACAAUUUCCAAAUUAUGUACAAAGUAGGCAUGGGACACAAACCUCCUAUUCCAGAUCGUUUGAGUCCAGAAGGUAAAGAUUUCCUAUCUCACUGUAUGGAAAGUGAUCCAAAGAAGCGAUGGACGGCUAGCCAGCUACUGGACCAUCCCUUUGUCAAGGUUUGCACAGAUGAAGAAUGAAGCUGUCAAGAAGUUAUGGCCUAAUAUAUUUCAGCAAGUCAUCUCUUAAUCACUACUGUAUGUAAUAUUUACAUAAAGACUAAGCUGGGGCCCACAGUGAAACCUCAUGUAAUACCGUGACUUGAGACUGCACAGGUGACGGCUGUCACUUCUCCCGCUGCUGCUCUUGUACAGGUUUUAUGGCACAUUUUCUUUGUGACAAUGUCCAGCAUGUGUUUAUUGUUUUUAUAAAAGCUGCAUGUUUCGGUGAAGUGCCAUUACUACUGUACAUGGACCAUUGUGUUUUAAUUUGUUCUCCAGCUUAUUUCUCAUAUGAAUGAGAACUGUAAUAAACAUUGUACUGUUUUCAAUGUUUCAAGCUCUGGCGCAAGUAUUACCAUGCAUUCUGGACCCUGUAAAUGUUUUAUUCCCCUGUUUGUCGAGUGCACUGUGAACCUAUCAUUUUAUGGCCAGCUUCAGGUUUGUUAUGCAAGAAAAAAAGUUAAGUUGGAAGAACAUUUUCUUAAUAAAUGGUUUAUUUU